GAAGUAUUUGAAAAGGAGCAGUCCAUCUGUGCUGCAGAGGAACAGCCCGCAGAAGAUGGGCAGGGUGAUACUAACAAGAACAGGGCAAAAGGAGGAUGGCAACAGAAGAGUAAAGGACCCAAGAAAACAGCUAAAUCAAAAAAAAAGAAACCUUUAAAAAAAAAGCCUGCACCUGUGCCAUUACCACAGUCAAAGCAACAGAAACAGAAGCAAGCAAAUGGAGUUGUCGGGAGUGAAACUGCAGUAAAAGAAGAGGAAGAAGAAGUUUCUGACAAAGGCAGUGAUUCUGAAGAAGAAGAAACCAAUAGAGAUUCCCAGAGUGAAAAAGAUGAUGGUAGUGACAGAGACUCUGAUAGAGAGCAAGAUGAAAAGCAAAACAAAGAUGAUGAAGCAGAAUGGCAAGAAUUGCAACAAAGUAUACAGCGAAAGGAGCGAGCUCUGUUGGAAACCAAAUCAAAGAUAACACACCCUGUGUAUAGUCUUUAUUUUCCUGAGGAAAAACAAGAAUGGUGGUGGCUUUAUAUUGCAGAUAGAAAGGAGCAGACAUUAAUAUCUAUGCCAUACCAUGUGUGUACACUAAAAGAUACAGAAGAGGUAGAACUGAAGUUCCCUGCACCAGGCAAGCCUGGAAAUUAUCAGUAUACUGUAUUUCUGAGAUCAGACUCUUAUAUGGGUUUGGAUCAGAUUAAACCACUGAAGUUGGAGGUUCAUGAGGCUAAGCCUGUGCCAGAAAAUCACCCACAGUGGGAUACAGCAAUAGAAGGCGAUGAAGACCAGGAGGACAGUGAGGGAUUUGAAGACAGCUUUGAAGAAGAAGAGGAGGAAGAGGAAGAUGAUGACUAAGCAGUACUAUAAACGGACCAUGGUGUUGGCAUAUAUUUGCAAAUUUUUGCUGUUCUGGAAGUGUAUAAUAAAACAGACAGUACAGAACUGAUGUUGAGGGAGGUGUUAGUUUCUUUACUCUAGAAAUGGGUGCAUAAUACAACUAGGCAGUGGCGGUGCCUUGGUACAAUCUGAAGAACGCUUAAGGCUUAUUGAAGCCUUUCAAGUAUGGGAUGGUGCAUUUGUUUCAUCUGCAAAUGAUAAUAAAUCCUUUGUUAUUAUAACUGUCCAGAAGUGUGGGCUAUGUAUUAUCUGAUCAAUUUAUGGUCCCAGUAAAAGUACAUGAAAAACAAUUUAUAAAUGAGCGACUUUUCUUUGUUCAGCUUUAGUUUUAGUAAAUGUUAAAGUGAUAAACACUGCAAAUAUGUUUUAGGUAAAUAUUUGGUCAAGUUUAUACUCUCUUGAUAAGCUCUGUUACUCAUUUAUCGACAUUUUUCAGAGAUGUAAGACCAUCACGGCUUCAGUCAUAGAUUUAAACCUUUUAUUUUUACCUACCGUGGUCAUAAGUUGGCAUUUUCUCACAUUCCACAUGGUAUAGAGGGCUACAUUUCAGAAUUUUCCUUUUUUUUAAUUGCCCAGUGUUACCAGACAGAUUAUAAAAAUGGCUUUUAGUGACUUAAAACAUUUUAAAGCGAUCAAUGCAGGAUCUAAUUCUUUUAAUGAACUGUAGGUCUAAAAGUGAUGGUGGGACCAUAUGUUCUCUGAUGUUGGUGGCUUAUGUAUUAAAGCUUUUUCAAAAGUUUCACUAUAAAAGCUGAACUACAUUCUUAGCUCUUAAUCUACCUGACUUUGUCAGAAACCUUUUAAGGAAAGUAAGUAUAACAUGCAAAGGAGGUUUUUUUGUAUUCAUUUUGGACUCCUGUCAAUAAAAUAGAAGUUUGACUCGUUCUA